AUGGAGCGCAAAGACCUCGACAAUUUGUCUGACUUGAAGGCACUGGUCAUUGCCGGAAUCCUGUCUGGGUUUGCCUACGGGGCAGUCGUCAUCCUCUUCCUCGACUGCCUGCAGGUCCUCCUGAACAAGACCACUCUUUCCCGGCGAAAGCAGUUAACUUUUGUUGCCUACAUCACGUUCAUGUUCAUCACGAGCACCAUCGCUCUCAUCCUCCCCUUUGUCUCCCUGAUCAACUCCAUCGGUUCGAAUUUCUUCCUUGAUUUUCGAGUGAUUCUCGGUCGAGAGGUUUCGUCGCCAUAUAUAAUGGCGUUCUGGGGAGCAGACGGCAUGAUGAUUUGGAGAUGUAUUAGUCUCUACGAAGACGCACCUAGAUACAUCUUCAGGCCGGUUUUUUGGGCGCUCGCUGGGCUUGCGCUGUUUUCUCUGGGUUGGGGAGGCUUCUGCCUCGUGGUCAGAGUGUCCUUCACUCAGAGCUUCCUCCCAGCCUUCACGGUCCUUACAAACAUUCUCCUUGCCGGCCUCAUUGCCUCUCGUCUCUUCUGGUAUCAACGCCGCGUGCAGCGUGCGCUCGGAAAAGCCCAUGGUUCUCUUUACACGAGAGUAAUCGGCAUAUGCAUCGAGUCAUGCUUGCUCAUCGUCCUGUUCAAUAGCGUCUUCCUCGUCCUCUACCUCACUUCCUCAGUAUAUUUUUCAACGCUGGUUAUGGCGCUUCUGCUCACGCAUGCAUCCGUUCUCUCGCCGCUGCUCCUCAUUUGCCGCAUUGCGCAAGGCAAGGAUGCUGUUACUCCAAUUAAGACCGAAGACAUACAUCUGGCGAUCGAGAAAGUGGAUAUGGCAAGAGCCGACUCCGAAAAUCCACGACGCCUCUCUCCCCUGCGUUUCCAGGGUUCUAGUUCAACGAGUGCUGCCUAA